GAUGAGAGAUGAAUGCUAUAUAAAUGUCACUUUAUUUUCUACCUUCAAAGAACUGCAACACCUCGAUUUAUCUUAUAAUGGAAUUAAUGGUUGGAUCAACAAUGAAGGUUUUGAAAGAUUGGGUGGGUUGAGAAAGCUAGAGGUCCUUGACCUAUCACUUAAUAACUUCAACAACACCAGUAUCUUCACAUCCUUGGGUGAACUCAAGUCCCUUACGACUUUGUCCCUUGGAAGUAAUUAUUUCAUGGGAGGAUCAAUUGAUUAGGAAGAAUUUAUAUCUAAUCUCCAUAACUUGAAGUCAUUGGAUCUGAGUUUUAAUUAUCUCCUUGAGGCCUCUUCGCAAACAAAACAAGGCUCCACAAGUUUGGUUAGAUUGGGAAAGCUGGAGGCUCUAGACCUUACUGAGAAUCGUUUUAACAACAGUAUACUUCCAUUUUUGGGUUCACUGACAUCCCUUAGGACUCUGUCCCUCCAAGACAAUAAUUUGGAAGGAUUGCUUCAUAUGGAAAAAUUAACUAAUCUACAUAACUUGCGAUCGUUGGAUUUGAGUUGGAAUAAUUUCAAUUCCUCGUCAUUCCAAGCAAUAUUACAAGCUUUCUGUGGAAUGAAUAGGCUUCAAGAGUUGGAUCUCAGUUCGAACAAUUUUGAAGGGAUCCUUCCUCCAUGUCUCCAAAAUCUGACAUCCCUUAGAAUAUUAGAUUUGUCCCAUAACCAAUUCAAAGGAAACAUCCCAUCAUCUCUCAUCACCAGUCUGUCACUUUCACAUCUUGUUUUGGGCUACAAUGAGUUUGAGGGCACAUUCACAUUCAAAUCCUUUGCUAACAAUUCAAAACUUGAGGUACUUGACCUUACCAAUGCUGGAAACAAAUUAGAGAUAGAAACUGAUGAUGAUGAUAAUUGGGCUCCUCUUUUCCAAUUGAAGGAACUGUACUUGUCAAAUUGCAGUCUUAACAAGCAAAUGUCAAAUGCUGCUUUUCCCAGAUUUCUCUCCACCCAGUACAACUUAGAAGGUGUUGAUCUUUCCCAUUGCAACUUAAACGAUCUGUUCCCAUCUUGGUUACUGGAGAACAAUAAAAUGUUGGGAUUUCUAAACCUGAGAGAUAACUCACUGAGCGGUCAUUUCCUCUUACCAUCCUAUGUCCACAAUGCUGUAAGUUCUAUAGACAUUUCGAAUAAUUGCAUUGAUGGACUGCUUCAAGAGAAUAUUGGUGACAUUUUCCCAAACGUCGAUCAUCUGAAUUUAUCAAAGAAUAAUUUUGAGGGUGGCAUUCCUUCAUCAAUUGGUAAUAUGAGCUCUUUGUAUACUUUGGAUUUGUCUAACAAUAAUUUUAUGGGCGAAAUUCCUAAGCACAUGGCCAUAGGUUGCAGCCAGUUACACUUCUUAGGACUUUCAAAUAAUAGAUUGCGAGGCCAAGUUUUUCCUCCACAUUUUAAUUUAACUCAGUUAUAUAUUUUAUAUUUGGAUAACAACUCAUUUUCAGGAAAUAUCUUGAGUGGAUUAUCCAAGUGCAAUGGCCUAAUGAUAUUAGAUAUCAGUAACAACCAGCUAACAGGUAAAAUUCCUAGUUGGAUACGUAGUAACCUUACAAAUUUGAGAGUGCUUAAGAUGCGGGGUAAUCUUUUACAAGGAAACAUUCCAGUUCAUGAAUUUCAAUUACUUGAGGGGUUGGAAUUUCUAGACCUUUCUCAAAACCAUCUUUCAGGAUCCAUGGUUUCAUUAUUGAAUUCAACAAGUUUAAUGCAUCUACAUUUGCAAGGAAAUGGAUUAAUCACAGGAUCAUCACCAUCUCAUGCAGCAGCUUCUCUUCUUCUUGUUGUCAACAACAACAACAACUCAAAUUUGUUGACAUUGGAUAUAAGAAAUAACAGUUUCUAUGGGGGUAUUCCUGAUUGGAUUGGUUCCCUUUCUCGUUUGAGGGUUCUUUUGUUGCAAAGAAAUCAAUUUAGUGGUACAAUUCCAAAUCAUUUGUGCCAAUUGGAAUUGAUACAGUUAAUGGAUCUUUCCUAUAAUAGCUUGUCUGGAUCAAUACCCCGAUGUUUCAGUAACAUUUCAUUUGGGAGGAUGUCAAAGAUGGAAUCUAUGUCUGAAACCUAUGCUAAUGGCUGGGUUUCUGUUGUUGAGGUUUCAGAUAGUGGUCUUUUUGGGGCAACAGAAGAAAUAGAAUUCAGGACAAAAGGUAUGUCUAAUUUAUACAGAGGUGGCAUCCUCAAUUACAUGUCCGGGAUGGAUUUAUCAUGUAACAAUCUCAUUGGUCAUAUCCCACAUGAAAUAGGAAGUUUAGAUGGACUUCAUGCAUUAAACUUGUCACACAAUCAGCUCACCGGAUCCAUCCCAAAAACCUUCUCCAAACUGAAACAAAUAGAAAGCCUUGACCUGUCCUACAACAGACUGACUGGGGGAAUCCCUUCAGAAUUGACUACUACACUCAACUUUUUGGCAGUCUUCACAGUGGCACACAACAACUUAUCUGGCAAGACACCAGAGAUGAAGGGACAAUUUGGAACGUUCGACAGCACCAGUUAUGAGGGAAAUCCCUACCUUUGUGGUUUCCCUUUACCACUAAUGUCCUCCUCUUUCUGCUCUUCCACAUCAUCAACCAACACACCUUCGGCAACAGGAGCUUCAAAUAAUGUGGAGAACAAGGAGCAUGAUGACAUUGACACCAUUGUAUUCGCAACUAGUUUUGUGGCUUCAUAUGUGGUGUGUUUUUUGGGAAUUGCAACUGUUCUCUACAUCAACCCUUAUUGGCGGAGAAUGUGGUUUGAUUUCAUCGGAGCAUGCCUAUACUCCUUUCAUGAUUUUCUCUCUGAUAUUUACUAUAAGCUAUACUUCUAUAUUGUACGUAGAUUCCGUUAA